GCGGUAUGUUUAACGAUCAGCUCUUUCCCACUUUAUUGAGUUCUUCUACAUUUUACUUAGUGGUUAACAAAAACAUAAUGGUGACGUUAAGAGAAACACACUCGUAGGAACGUUUGGGUGCUUUUAUGUUUUUGACGAGAGUACACAGCGUAGUAUUUAUGGAGACUCACUCGGUGACGUUGUAAAACUUUAUGUGGUUGGGACAGUUGUCCUCACCUUCCUCGGUGACUGCUGUCAUCAUGUCCCAUACCAACACUUCUCUUCUGGACGAGGUGGUGCAGUGGAGUCAGGAAACCUGCCGCCAGAAGCUCAAGUCUGUCCUCCCAGAACUCACCUCUUUGCAUCAUAAGUCUGAGAGUUGGGAUGAUCAUAUACGUAUACUGAAGAUAAUUACAGAUAUGUUCCUCCCUCACAUUGGUUUGUCAGAGCUGGAAGAUGAGUGCUUUUCCAAGAUCUUACCAAAGGCAGUGACAAUGUUUGACUGCAUGAUGAAAGAGAUUUUCAACCAAGUUGGGGGGCUGUCCAGUCAAAACACUGAGCUGUGUUCCUCACUAAGGAACAUUCUCCAGGCAAUGAUGCAGAUAGUUGAUGCACUAUCCACUUGUGUGCGUCAUGUUGGCACAUUUGAGGAAGCUCCUGAUCUAGAUGCUAUCCGCUCCUUACCAACUUGUAUCCUCAAAGUCCUCAGGAGAACUUUUCAGCACUGCAAGGAGAGUGAGGUUGUUUAUUGUGGCCGUCUGUCCCUGGUGGCUGACCUGCUGCAGGAACUCUUCAAGGAGGCCUACUCCCUCCAGAAGGGUCUGUUAGAGCUGCUGGACAGGAUCACCCUUGACAGCACUGCCUCAGAGGAGCAGAUCUCUGAUAUUGUAACAGUGAUUCAUGGCCUGCUGGAUAUCUGCUCUAUUAUCUCCAACCUGGACAUAGCACUGCAUGCAAAUACAUGGAAAUUUCUCAUCAAACAGAGUCUGAAGUACCAGUCAUUGGUGGAGGAACAUCUACAUCAUGGCGACAUCAGCAACAGCCUGUGUGACAACUUGUUGGCCUCCUUCCACCACUGUGUGGAGCUGGGUGAACAGAUUAAACAUGCUGGUCUGCAGGAGGCAGCACAAAGCCCAGAAUACAAGCUGUUCCAGAAAAUUGCAAAGAUGUGUAGAUUUUUUGCCAACACUUUGGUUCAUUACAUAAAGGAAUUCAAAUUUUUUCUGACAAAGUAUUGUAGCUGCUUUCACCAACUCUACCUCCAGAUCACCAGUAAGUUCCCUCCCAGCUUGUGUGCUCCAACGCUGCCCAUGGCUCUGUCUGAGGAGCUGAAUGCAGCUGCUCUGGUUCCCAUGGAUGCCCUCCUGCUCCAGCUGUUACCCUUACAACCCUUCGCUGAAGUUGUCCUGCAGCAGGACCUGCGGUUAAGUCCUGAACAUGGGCUCCCUCAGUGUAUUCUGCUGGUGAGCGUCCUGGGUCAGCUCACCUCCCAACCAGAGGAGGUGCUGCAGCUUUGGUACACUGGCAGCCAGUUCUCAGAAGAGAUACCCAGGCCUCCUCUCUAUCAGGCCUUGUUUGCUAGUUUCAGACGAUGCCAUACUGAGCGUCAUGUACCGGUGCUGUUGCCCGGGGUGAUGAUGAAGGGUCAGGCCCAGGCCAAGGUCACUCUGCACCAACACAUCUGUGUGCAACUUUGUGCCAGUGUGGCCGCACUUCCCCCAGUGUACUUCCCCGUGCUGCAGUUCACUCUUCCGCUCUCCUGUAUCUCUCUUCUUCAGGAGCGAUGUUUAGUCGAUGCCGUACUGCAGGCCGAUAAUCAGACAGCUCUACUGGCAACAGAUGUGUGGUGCUUCACAGCACGGUAUGGGACAGCAGAACUUUGUCUACAUCAUGUCCUCCUCAUUGCUCAGCUGGUGAAAGCUUGCACUGCUGAGUGUUACCAGUUGUUUCACCUGGGCCUGCUGCUCAAACGUAUGGUUUUCCUCAUGACGCCGAACCACCAGAUGGAGCUGGUGACGCGUUUCCCACCCUCUGAGAUGGAAAACCUUCCGUUGUGGCAACAUGUCCUCCUCAGAGCUCUUUCACAUGAUGCCCGUCACCGUGUAGAGACGGACAUCAUUGGCCUUACUCAGAAAGCUCUGACCGACUGGCAGAAUGGAGGGUAUAAACUAGGACAAGUGAAUAAAGUGAAUGUAGUGCUGUUAUCCUUCCUAGCGGUGGUCCAGGGGCAACCAUCUCCCGAGGAACAGUGUGGGUUGUCUGCAAUGAAGAUAAUCACACAGCUCUGGUUACGAAUGAGUCCAGACCAGGUGCAGACCCACCCUGUGCUCCAGUGCACUCUGCAGCGGCUCCUGUCAAUAUCAGCCAUUUUAGUGAAAAACCUUGAACAUCAAGUCAUUCUUCAGGCUCUGUUGUGUGUGGAUACUGUGGUGUCUCAGAAGUGUGAGGAUCAGCUGCUGCUGGCUGCUCUGCAGUUCCUCUCCUCCCUGGGGAAGAUCUUUGUCCCUCCUGACUGCCAGAGUCAAAUUCUGCCGAGGCUCAGUAGCCUGUUUAGAGUCCUGUUGUCUGACAGAUCCUGGCUGCUGCAUCAGCACACCCUGGAGGCCUUUUCUCACUUUGCAGAGAUUACAAACCAUGAAGAGGUGAUUUCCCAGAGUUUGUGUGAAGAAGAUACCAAGACGAAGGUGGUGAACUAUCUUAGCAAGACUGUGAAUGCACAGGAAGAUGCGGAGUCACGGCUACAGAGGCUCAAGCUGGAGAUGGCAGUUAUUGAGCAACAUAACGAGAGGCUGGAGAACAAUGAAGAAAAUACUUCUAACAAAGUAGCUCCUGAAGCAGAUUCAGAGCCAUGCCCAAAGAGAGCUCGGCAGGAGACCAGUGCAGAGGAGUACAGCCGCUACAUGCAGACAGCUGAGAGUGCUUUGAAAGCCCUUCAGGCUCUUACUGAGGCAGAUAAAGCCAACACUACUGCACCACCUCCACCUUGGCUGGAAUCCAGACUACAGGAACUGCAGACCCUCAUAGCCCACAUCAGUACAGCCAGACACACAACUUAACUGCUCCCAUUUGUUUUCCAGCUCCAGAUUACUGACUUCAUGUAUAGAAGGUUAUUUUUUUUGUUUUGUUUUUUCUCCCCCCCCCCCCAAGCCUGGGCCUGUGAAAGUCUGUACACUCUUUGCUGCUGCAGAAAGUUUUCUCCUCACUUUUUAAACCUGCCUACUCAUUCUUUGUUUGAUGUUAUUGUUUAUUAAACUUUGAGCACAAA